AAUAUAUUGCAGCCCUGAUCCAGCCGGUUAAUUUUUUGCACAAGCGCUGGACAAAAAACUGAAAUUAAACGGCUUAAAGUGUGAUUUAAAUAACAGCCAAUAUUGUAAAUAAACAGUAAAGCAUUUGGCAGUUGUUUGAAAAUUAAAUAUCAAUAGAAAUCUCACGGAUUUUGGCGGAAAUCAGCCAGUUUGGCCAUCAAUUUUCACACGGGGGAGUGUGUAUAACAAAAUGGCGUCCUCGCAAGUCUCAAACAAAUCGGGCUCCGGUUGGCCGCGGCGCGGAAGUCAAGGCCAAGCGGAUGCAAUCAGCAGCAAUAAUAACGGUACUCAGAAGUACACUAACCAGGCGCUGACCAUCAAUCGCACUAUCAAUCUAUAUCCCCUGACUAACUACACAUUCGGAACAAAGGAGCCACUCUUCGAAAAGGACCCUUCGGUACCGUCCCGAUUCCAGCGGAUGCGCGAGGAAUUCGACCGGAUCGGUAUGCGUCGGUCCGUCGAGGGAGUGCUCCUUGUCCACGAGCACGGACUGCCACAUGUCUUGCUCCUACAGCUAGGCACCACAUUCUUCAAACUACCCGGUGGUGAGCUAAAUGCCGGCGAGGAUGAAGUUGAGGGCCUGAAGCGACUGCUCUCCGAGACGCUGGGUCGUCAGGACGGCGUGAAGCAGGAAUGGAUUGUCGAAGACACAAUUGGAAACUGGUGGAGGCCGAAUUUCGAGCCACCGCAAUAUCCGUACAUUCCACCGCACAUCACCAAGCCCAAGGAGCACAAGCGACUAUUUCUUGUUCAGCUACAUGAAAAGGAUACGGACGGGAACGCCAGUUACGAUGUACCCUGAGCUGUUCCAUUAGCGCCGUGUGUGUCGUAUCUACCCAACUACUCUCAAGAGUCCAAUGCCAUAGAACAACAAUCGAGCAAACAGAACAUAUCAAACAGAAAAGAAACGAACAGAUCGCAAAGAUCGAGCGAAGGCUACGUCUUAGAUAGUUUUUGAUUCUAGUUCAAUUGUACAACAUAUCUGAAAUUUUAAUUCAAAUUGUAUUUUUGCUCAGGACAGCGUGUUGGCAUAUUUUGUUCUUUCCCGACUCUUGUCAUUCUAAAUUCAAAGAUUGUUCUUGUAUUUAAUUUUGUAAAUAUGUCGACAUACAUGUGAGACUGAGCGCAGGCAUGUUAUCCUUCAAGUUACAAAUUUAUUUAUCUCCUAGCUUCUACUCUUACUUACUUUUGUCAAGUGUCAUGUGUUGUUCAUCUUAAUGUUGAUGUGUAUUUAUCCAUACAAAGCCACCGGGCAGGCAGCAGAUAGCAUUGUAACGUUGCUGGCUGACGAAGCUAUGCGCCCAAAUCUCGCGUGUUUUGCAGAUUUGCGUGCAUGCAGUGCAGCCAGCACUCCCAGUCGCCAGUCGCUCCUUAAAUUAAGCACUCGUUUAUGUAAACACAAGCAAAAUACUCUGUUUAUAUUUUUCUUUGGCCCAUAUUUUCUAAUGCUUACGCCUUCGCUGUGCGCUGAAAUGGAUUGAAGUCCAUUAACUACAGCAUUUCAGCGCACAGAUCGAACCGCACAUAUAUAUAUAUAUCAUGUAUAAUGUUGCUCUUAAUUGAAAUUAUGUUCAUAUCUGAAAUUAGGAAGCUUCGCUGGGCCAGCAAAGUGCCAGGCGUUUUGCAAGCCACUGCGAGUCCUAGUAAUUAGUCUAACGAAUCCAACUAUGAAUGUAAAACAUAACGCAUACGACUUUAUAUAUCAUACGGGAGCGAACUGAUUUUUAAUAAGUAAAUUGUACAACCGAUUGUAAUACCCCUAGAUAAUAUAUUCUGUGAAUUUGAA